GUUGGGGCAGGUGUGAUGCUAAUGUGAUUGGUUUUGUGACUGUUUAUUAAAGGGUUAUUCCAGAAGACGUUUAAUCACCAAAACUAAGACUGGCCAGAAGAAAAAGUAUGGAGACAUCUUUAUCUCUGUUAUCAUCCAGUGUUUUUCUGACUGAGGAGCUUCAGUGUUCUGUGUGUCUGGAUCUGUUCAUUGAUCCAGUCAGCACUCCAUGUGGACACAACUUCUGCAAGAGCUGUCUGAAACCGUACUGGGACAACAGUCACAUCUACUCGUGUCCAAUGUGUAAAGAAACAUUCAGUAAAAGACCAGACCUCAAGAUUAACACAACACUUAGACAGGUCGCACUGCAUUUUAAAGAAAAGAUCAGUCUGAGAAGAUCCGAAGUUCUCUGUGACAUCUGUGAUGAGAGAAAGCUGAAAGCCCUGAAGUCCUGUCUGGUGUGUCAGGCAUCUUACUGUGAAACUCACCUGGAGCUUCAUCAGAAAAUGAGUUUAAAGAAACACAAACUGAUGGAUCCUGUGGAGAAUAUAAAGGACUAUAUAUGUCAGAAACAUGAGAGACCUCUGGAGCUCUUCUGUACAGAUGAUCAGACAUGUGUGUGUGUGUUUUGUACUGAUGGAGACCACAAGACUCACAACACUGUUCCUCUAGAGGAGAUGAGUAAAGAGAAGAAGACUCAACUGAAGAAGACACAGACAAACGUUCAGCAGAUGAUCCUGGAGAGAAUCAAGAAGAUUCAAGACAUCAAACACUCAGCAGAACUCAGAAAAAGGAACACAGAUGAGCAGAAAGCAGCGAGUGUUGAGGUCUUCAGCGCUCUGAUCAGAUCCAUUGAGAGAUGUCAGACUGAGCUGCUGGAGAUGAUGGACGAGCAGCAGAAAGCAGCAGAGAAACAGGAUGAAGAUCUCAUGAAAGAUCUGGAGCAGGAGAUCACUGAGCUGAAGUGUAGAGACAGUGAGCUGGAGCAUCUCUUACACACUGACCAUCAUCUCCACCUCAUACAGAUUGACCCAUCCCUGUACAGACCUCCACACACCAAGAACUGGUCUGAGAUCAGUAUGAAGACUGAUGUGAGUGUGGAGACUCUAAUGAGAGCUCUGACUCAACUGCAGGAGACUCUAGACAACAAACUCACUCAAACUGUGUUGAGGAGGAUGCAGCAGUAUGCAGUGGAUGUGACUCUGGAUCCUGAUACAGCUCAUCCAGAUCUCAUCCUGUCUGAAGAUAGAAAACAAGUGAGGGAUGGAGAUAUUGAGCAAAGUCUCCCAGAUAAUCCAGAGAGAUUUGAUUAUUGUGUCAGUGUUCUGGGAAAAGAGGGAUUCUCUUCAGGGAGAUUUUAUUUUGAGGUGCAGGUGAAGGGAAAAACUGAAUGGGAUUUAGGAGUGGUGAGAGAGUCUAUUAUCAGGAAGGGACAGAUCACAGCGAGUCCUCAGAAUGGACAGUGGACUGUAGUUCUGAGGGAUGAGAAUGAUUAUAGAGCUUGUGCUUCACCCUGUGUCUCUCUGUCUCUGAGAGUGAGUCCACAGAAGGUGGGGGUGUUUGUGGAUUAUGAGGAGGGUCUGGUCUGUUUUUAUGAUGUGGAGAACAGAUCUCAUAUCUACUCUUUCACUGGUCAAACUUUCACUGAGAAACUCUUUCCAUCAUUCAGUCCAUGUCCUAAUGAUGAAGGUAAAAAUUCAGCACCACUGAUCAUCUCACCUGUUCAUUACAACAAAUAAAUCUACACACAGGAUAUACAAUAUUUGGAACUUAAUCCUGGUAGAGUUAGCAGAGCGCAGACAAAAUUCACAUUUAGAAAAAAUAAGCAUUUGAAAACAGGCUCACACAUGCGCUCCAAAAGAUCUAGAAAUUUCCUGAAAUCGGCCUUUCGCAAAUUUCUUGUCCAAUCAAAUGCUAUUUAGAAUCCGAAGCAUAUCACCCCUCUCACUCUGACCCUGAAGCAGCGCUUUAAAUCUGCCACUUGCUCACACAUUGUGUUCUACGUGGUGAAUAGUGCACUAGAUAGUAGAUAGGGAUUAACUAAGACAGUGUUAACAUUGUCAAUUGGGGCGAUUGAAGAGUUUACUAAAUUAUAGCUUUGGUAUUUCAAAUUAUUUUAAGUUUAAUCAACUUGUACUGAAGUACUCAACUACAAAAUCGCAGUAUGGUGAUAUUUUAAUUGUAUUUCUUAUGUGAAAUGACUGGAAGUAAUGUAUUUAUUAACCUCUCAUUUCCUGUGUGAUGUUGCAGCAUCGUAUAAUUUACACAAACCUAAGAACAGUUGUUUCUUUACACAUUCUGUUUACCUGAUUUGUAUGUAUUUCAAUGAAGUCCCAAUCUGUGCAUUGUCUUUAACAGUUGGAAGAUCUUAUUGGAAACACAA